GGAACGCUGCCGAAUCAUUUUUCGCAACGAUGCGCGCGACCCUCCGCCUCUUCGCCACCGUCCGGCCCGCGGCGCGCUACCUGGAGCCGGGCACCCCGACGGGCCUGACGGGCCUCUACACGCACGCCUCGCCGCGCUCGACCCUCCUCUACCUCUACUCUACGACCCUCGAGAAGCUCAAGGCCGUGCCCGAGCACUCGGUCUACCGCCAAUCGGUCGAGGCCCUGACGAAGCACCGCAUGGGGCUCGUCGAGUCCGUGGUGCCCCCGGGGUACCACGAGUGGGCCGAGAAGGCGCAGAAGCUGCUGAGCGAGCGCCCGGACGAGUUCGACGUUAAGGGGAGCGACAGCGUCGACGGCGCGCGCGCCAUCAAGGUCGAGCGCGGCGGCCGCGCCUUCGUCGUGCGCCAGAUCCCCCAGAAGGAGGACAUGCGGUACGAGGAGUGGGACGGCGAGCAGGACGAGGGCCCGGAGCUCGAGGGCAGCCGGACGCUCGAGGAGAGGCAGGAUCUCAGGCACAUUUUCGAGCGGAAAGACAUUUCCGAUGUCGACCACGUCGAGUGGGAGCCGGAGCCGCAGCUGACGGCCGACCAAAUCGAGGAGCUCGAGAACAAGAUCGGCGCCGGCCUGAUCGAGGAGGUCAUCCAGGUCGCCGAGGGCGAGCUGAAGCUGGUUGACACCAUGAUCGAGCACAAGGUCUGGGAGCCUCUUGAGGAGCAGCCUGCUGAGGGCCAAUGGGUCUACUUUGAGCGGAAGCCAUAAAAUGGGAGGUGUAUUGUACAUCAGAAACUGUACAUAAAUAGACUCGAUGCACGCCCAGCCCGCCCGGGCAUAGCGUUCAGUUCGGGCACGGUGUUCCCUAUCUAUCCCUUACAGGACGAGGGAAAGGUUAU